AUGAGUGUAGUUAGAGAGAUCUGUUGGGAAACCAUUGGCGAAGAUCGAGGAAAGAGAGGGUCUAUUGAAGACAGACCGGUGAGGGCAGCGAAAGCACUGUUGUAUUUCACUAAUGGAUAUCAAGAAAAAAAAAUCAAUGAUGUCUUGAAAAGUGAUGCCGUGUUUUUUGCUGAAGACACCGAUCAGAUGGUUGUCGUCAAAGAUAUUGAAUUGUUUUCCUAUUGUGAACACCCUAUUUGGUCCCCAUCUAUGGCUAUCGUGUCUAUCGGUUAUCUGCCCGACCAUAAAGUGCUGGGACUCAGCAAAUUGGCCCGAAUUACCGAAAUGUAUGCCCGAAGACUGCAAGUUAUGGAUGGAUACAGAUAUAGAUAUAUUCAGGAAAGACUGACCAAACAAAUAGCCGAAGCAGUGGUUGAAGCUAUCAGUCCUUUAGGAGUCGGUGUUGUUGUUGAGGCCAAGUAUGUGUCAUAUUAUUAUUAUUAUUAUGAUAUCCAGACAUAUGUGUAA